GAGUCGGUUCAGUUGGCUAUCGGCACAUCACCAAUAUGGCGGUGAGGCGGAAAGCGACGGUUUCGCGCAACGUGCGUCGUGAUCUCAUUCCCAUGCAGUGAGAACUUUCCCAGAUUUAAUCUAAGACCUGUCUCUAGCAGCUAACCAUGGUAUGAGCCUUACAUCAGAUGAAGUAAUGUUAGACAAUAAUUAACAUUCUUAAUUGCUGUAUUUUUGCUUGGAUCUUUUUAAAAGAUGCCAAGUUUACGGAAGAAAGUUGCCGGUUUCAUGCGCCAAUUGUCUAUUAGUAAUUUGGCUGGAGCUGUAGAAAGUAUAGGUCUCGGAGAACAGCCGCUUCGAAGCCCACAAUCAUUAACUCAAGACUUUCCUGGCGGCUGUUUUAUCACGCGCUACCUCAAUGGAUUAGAAACGAAACAAGAAGGACCAGCAAUUUUACAUGGCCGAAAUCCAGAAGAAUUGCCGAGCAGGCAGAUCGAUGUUUUUCAAGAAAAUGAAGAAGUAUUCGCGGCCUACACGGGUCCUGAUAGUGGUCUUACUGCAGUCAAUCUUCAACAAAAACAUUUAAGUAUUAGUGAUACUGAUAUAGAUUACAUUGAUAUGCUAGAUCAAAAUGAGCAAUAUAGAAGCGAACUUUCCUCAGGAUCGACAACAUCAAACGUCACAAUUGCUGGAGUUACUGAUUGGUUUAAUCCUCAUGAAAACGCAUACGGAAUUGCGACCACGCUAUAUGAGAAAAAUCCUAUAAAUGAUACUAAUAACGGCGAACCAAUAGCUGAUUGUUUUGGCGUUGUAGCAAGACCAAACUCUGCCAUAUUGGCUCUCGCGGAUGGUGUCAACUGGGGUACAAAAGCGAGUAUAGCAGCUAGAUCUGCAGUUCAUGGAAGCAUAGAGUAUUUGAAUCGAGCUCUGUUCUGUCCAUCUAUAAAUAGUGAAAUGACAACGACAAAGGAUGUAUUUAUAGCAUUACUUCGAUCAUUCCAUGCAGCACAUUCGUUGAUUCUUCAAGAACAAGGAAUGCUUACUACCUUAACAGUAUGCACAAUCCUUCCACUGCCAAGUUCGAGUACUGAUACAAAUAUAUGCCAGAAAAAGUAUAUUGCGUGUACCUGCAACGUUGGUGAUAGUUUAGCCUAUGUAUAUUCAGGGAAGACUGGAGUGAGAGAAAUAACGCGAGGAUCUCACGAUAUUCAUUGCAUGCGAGACAUGCGAGAUGCCUUAGGAGCUCUAGGUCCAGUAGACGGCUCUAAUCCUGAAUUGAAUAACUUAACGCUGGCUAUAACAGAAGUUGAGAGAGGCGAUAUAGUAUUUCUGACAAGUGAUGGAAUUUCAGAUAAUUUUGAUCCUGUGGUGGGAAAAUUUGCAGUUUUGCCCAAUCACAGCAGUGGCACGGAUGCCACGCUAAAAAGUCACGAUGCGAGAUCGAAGACGCGUCGAAGGUCCACGGAAAAUUUACGGCACACGGAAUCGAGUAAUAGUAACGUAAACAGCAACAAUCUGCCGGUGGUCGAGGCCUAUCAGAGGCAUGAACUCACGCUGCUCAGAAUGGAAGAUCUGCUGAGACGUGGAGUUUCUGGGGAAGGACCACCAUGUAACAGUGCCAAACAUUUAUGCGAACUUCUUUUAGACUUUGCGGUACGUAUAACUGCAGCGAAAAGGCGGAUCUUGGAAGACACGGAGUUAUACUAUGCACAACACAAAGAUGGUCACUUGAUACAGCUCUCAAAGCAGGAGCAAAGAUCUCGAAGGAAAAGGACUCUGGAAAAGAUAUCGAUGAUACCCGGUAAGCUAGACCAUGCGACGGUCGUAGCUUACGUAGUCGGAUCCUAAACUUCUUCAAAGUGUAAUUGCAAUUAACAAUAGAGAGAGUAUAGUUUUUAUUCACAUAAAAAUGAUAGAUUAACUUUCUAUACUGUAACAUUCUUACCUAGUGUUAAAUGAAAGAUAAAAAUAUAUCUUUUGACAAGCCAA